UGGCGAGGACAGUGUGGCGAGGGGCGGUGGAGAGAGAGCGAGAGAGAGAGAGAGAGAGAGAGAGAGAGAGAGACGCAGAGGUGGGGUGAGGUGAGCGUGGGGCCGGAUACUCACCUUCAGACAGACAGACAGACGUGCCAGGCACACACACACACACACACACAGGCUGGCUAACAGGCUCCUCCAGAGACAUGCUGUAUAGGGCUACAGACUAAAGCUGCUGCCACAGACAUGCAGUAUAGGGCUACAGCCUAAAGCUGCUACCAGAGAAGCGGAGGCCGGACUGAGGCGGAGGUUGCAGGUUCGGCGGGCUCCAUCGCGGGGCGAUCACCUGUUGGCCGGACCAUGACAGAGAACGGGUCGCCGGGGCCAGUGGCCAACGGAACGUCCAGAGUCAAGAGAGACGAGCUGAAGAUCGUGAUCGUGGGAGACGGGGGCUGUGGGAAGACCUCGCUGCUCAUGGUGUACGCCAAAGGAGACUUCCCAGAGAAAUAUGCCCCGUCUGUGUUUGAGAAGUAUGUAACCACGGUGUCCCUUGGAGGGAAAGAAAUUCAGCUGAACCUGUACGACACGGCAGGCCAAGAGGACUACGAUCGCCUGAGGCCUCUGUCCUAUCAAGACGCAGACAUGGUGUUGGUGUGUUAUGACGUGAUGAACCCCACCAGCUAUGACAACGUCUUAAUCAAGUGGUACCCCGAGGUUCAUCACUUCUGCCGGGAUGUUCCCCUCAUUCUGAUUGGAUGCAAGACAGAUCUGAGGAAAGACAAGGAGUACACCAGGAAGCUGAAGGCCUCUGGUCUGGCGCCCAUCACGUACAUGCAGGGGGACGAGACUCGGCAGCAGAUCCAGGCCGACCUCUAUCUGGAGUGUUCCGCCAAGUACCGUGAGAACGUGGAGGACAUCUUCUGCGAGGCCACCAAGAAAGCGCUGGCCAUCCGCCGCAAGAACCGCCAGAAGAAGAAGAGGAAGAACUGUUCUAUCCUGUGACGGAACCAUGAUCACGUGGAACCAUAAAGAACCAAACGGACAUGUUAUCAUGCUUAUAGCUCAACAUUUGAUGCACUGUUCUAUCCUGUGACGGAACCAUGAUCAUCACGUGGAACCAUAAAGAGCCAAACGGACAUGUUGUCAUGCUGAUAGCUCAACGUUUGAUGCACACAGACUUUUUUUUAGCAAAGCACCCAUGUGCUUGUUGACAAACCAUGUGCGUAGGUACUCUCAUAGCAUAUUUUAUCAAUUGUACUUUGACGUGUCUCUCAGGGUUUGUAUUAGAGAAAACCUUUAGGUUGGAUUGUGACAUUUUUCACUGGUCAGGGAGACUGAAUCACACAAUACAUCGUGUGAUUGAGGGGUCCUACUGACCCUCAGACGAAGCAGGGACUCACCUCUAGUGUGUGUGUGUGUGUGUGUGUGUGCGCAUGUGUGUGUGUGUGUGUGUGUGUGUGUGUGUGUGUGUGUGUGUGUGUGUGUGUGUGUGUGUGUGUGUGUGUGUGUGUGUGUAUAUUGUGUGUGUGUGUGUGUGUGUGUGUGUGGCCAAUCCAACCUUUAACCUGUUUUGAUGCUGCCCUGUACAGAGUGUGUGUGACACUCUGAGGUCCUGUGGUGUUGUGAUGUAGAGAUGCGCUGGCCUUUUUGUGGUUGGGUUUAUAAGUGACCAUGCGGAGCAAAGUCACCUCUCUGCCUGCUGACCUCAGAGACCGCUGAGCUGCACAACCUUUCACUCUCACGGAGGAGCUGAGCUGCACAACCUUUCACUCUCACAGAAGAGCCCGACUCAAGGAGGGAGGAGGAGUAGCGCAGAUGCUGCCUCAAACAGAGCACAGAGCAGGAGCCUUCUUCUGCCACACAGGGAACUCUGGGAUGUCUGCAGGAGCCUUCUUCUGCCACACAGGGAACUCUGAGAUGUCUGCUCAGUGUCAUAUGUUUAUGCUGCUAGUACCAGAGAAUGGUGUGUGUGUGUGUGUGUGUGUGGCCAGGCCACUGUACAAUAGACUCAUUGCUUACAUGAGUAGAGUUCUCUACAGGCUCCAACCUGUGUCAAACUGGUAGCAUGUGAAACUGAUGGGUGCGUUAAUUGCACAAACUGUGCCUAGGACUAUAAGAAUUUCCUAAAUUCAUUUCUCUUUUCUUUUGCACAACCCACAGCGGAUGGCAGAUUGAAUGCUUACUUUUUUGUUUGUUAUUAUUUUUUCUUUUUUUGUUUUAUUUUAUUUAGAUAAUAAAAUGAUUUUUGUACAUA